GUCAGUUUCCUGCAUGUACUUACGGCUGUACUCUGGUUACUUCAGGAGUCAUGAACGCCGCUUUGCUGGUCCAGAGGGUAGCAGGGAUUUCUGGGGCUCUUGCUGUCGCAGCAGGUGCAUAUGGAGCUCACGGAUUCAGGCACAGUGAAGCGAGUGAGUACCAGAGAGAGUUGUAUGAUACAGCAAACAAGUACCACAUCUACCACAGCCUGGCAUUAUUAGGAGCUGCUCGCUGUAGAAAACCUGCUCUGGCAGGGGCGAUCCUUCUUGCUGGCAUGGGCUGCUUCUGUGGCCUCUCUGAGGCCUUAACCAAUGACCCCAGCUUCAGCAAGCUGGCGCCAAGAGGCUCAUUGCUCAUCGUUGGAUGGGCUGCGAUUAGCUCUUUGAACUUUGACUCCAUUUGGCAGACCUUAACCGUGUUGUUUUAA